UGGACCGUGUCACCACCAAUAUCCUCCACACACAGCAACAUCUCUGCUCUGUUAGUGUAGGCAGGGUGUUUCAGCCGCCCCGAACAGACGGGCUGUUUCAGCUGGAAAGCAAAUUAUAACUAGGCUACUGACACGAGCGCUCCACAAUUUAUUUGCGAGCUAAUGUGAUCAUUUUCCCGAGAGUCCCCUCCUGAAGGGUAUUCAACACAGACACAUCUUCUCGCCAAUAACAGAAGACCACCGACCCCUUAUGUGGCCAUCUCACCACCAACAACAUGCAAUCACGGAUCCGCAGAGGCAGGCGAUGUGACCGGGGCUGAAGUAACAGGCUGCUGCUCCAGACACACCAGGAGAAACUUUCUUCUCUGGCUUGUGCCCUGUAAACUGUGACCGCUGCCGUGUGGGUUUCUCGCCGCCUCUCACUUUCUUUCUACGUGGGUGAGCAGUGUGUGCGUGUGUUUGCGGCACCUCCCCGCUCCUCCAUAGAUCUGGUUGCCCCCUUGUACCUUACAAGCUGCACCAUGCAUUUCUUCUGCACCUCCUGGCUAUUAUAGUUAGAGCAGGAUCCCAAGCGGACCCCCAGCCUCCCCCCCCCCCCCCCUCCCCUUCUUCCCCAGCUGACUUGGGUUUGGACUCCGGAUCGUGUGUCAUGCAGAGAGCCUGAAGCAAUCCCCGGUUCCGUUGCAGGACCGCAUGGUUCAUUUGUAACUGGAUCUACUUUUUUUUUUUUUUAUUUUGGAGGGAGAAGAGGGCAUGUUCUUGAGAACACUUGCUAAGAGGAGAAGAAAGUAGAAAGACGCGGGGGAGCAGCAGCGACAGAAGGACGUAGCCUAGAGAUAAUAUUAGAGAGAGUGCAACUUACUUGUAGAUGUUUGAUCAGGCCACGACUAUGGGCGAUGGGAGCCACCGCUGUGGACCCAACCCGCUGUGUCCGGACCGGAUGGAGACAGUGUGCCGCGCCGAGAUAGGGAGCCGGUCCCCGGUUCAGAGUUCCACCGACACCCCGGGGACAGCAGCGUCUACCCCGACGUCCUCCAGUGAAGACGGACACGACAAACUUUUGGGAGUGGACCCUGACUACUGUCGGAGGAUUUUAGUAAGGGACGCCAAAGGCACCAUCCGGGAGAUCGUCCUGCCGAAGGGCCUCGACUUAGACCGACCCAAGCGCACGCGGACCUCCUUCACGGCCGAGCAGCUGUACCGGCUCGAGCUCGAGUUCCAGCGGUGCCAGUACGUCGUGGGCCGCGAGCGCACCGAGCUCGCGAGGCAGCUCAAUCUUUCCGAAACACAGGUCAAGGUGUGGUUCCAAAACCGACGGACCAAACAGAAGAAGGACACCACCAAGGAUUCAGACAAACGCUCCUCCUCCUCAAACGAGUCGUUGGCCACCUGCAACAUCCUGCGCCUCCUGGAGCAGGGCCGCCUCCUAUCGGGCCCCGUCCCGCCACCUAACGCCCUCCUGGGACCCCGACAUCCACCAAACGGCUCCCUGUUGGGCAGCCCAGGCGGAGGCUCCUCCACCUCUCCGGGGAUCAGCAGCAGCACUCCUCCCAUUUCCCUACCAGGGGGGACAUUUGGGAUCUCGCUGCCCUCUCUGGGUGGCACCUCACCGCGGUUGGGCGUCCCACCGCCGCACUCCCUCUGCUUCUCCAUGCCGCUGCUGGGGGGCGCUCAUCAUGAACUGACAUCCGCCUACGGCUGCGGUUCUUCAGCUUUUGAGCCGUACAUGCGGCUGGACAGGAAGGAGGCAGAUCUGGGAGGGAAGAAGACAGUUUCUUAAGUUAUCUGUCUUAAGUUAGGACACCAGGGUACAGGAACUUGUCUUUGCAAAAGCGUUUCCGCUCAGUCUGCAGCCUGUUUGACACUUGAGCUUCAGCAGAUGGGAACGGAAGCAACCUGGAUCAUGAGAAACAGGAAGAGACCAAGUUGAGCAGAGCGCCAUUUUGCGCCACAGCACUGUGGGACACACUGACACAAAAAAGGACGUGAUGUGAUGGAGACUCCCCCACAUAAAAAAAAAACUUGUGAAUUUUUACAAAAAUACUGUGUGUAUGUGUGUGUAUGUUGCGUAAACCCUGACAGACAGAUGUUGUUAUCACCGCUCUCUUUGCAGUGGUUUCAAUUUGCUCUUCACUUUUUGUCCUGUUAGUUUGUGUGUGUGUCUGUGUGUGUGUGUG